UGUAUUUCAGUUUGGGAAAUUUCUAUUAACAUAUCUUCAAGCUCACCCAUUCAUUUCUCAGAGUGUCUUAGUCUACUGAUGAGCUCACUAAAGGUAAUCUUCAUGUCUGUUACAAUGGUUUUCAAUUGCUAGGAUUUCCUUUUGAUUCCUUCUUACAGUUUGCAUCUCUCUGCUUAUAUUACCCAUCUGUUCCUGCAUGUUGUCUACUUUUUCCAAGAUGCUUCUCCUUCUGUGGGCUUCCCUAAGAACUCCUUCUUAAAUAGAGUCUGUGCCUUGCAGCUUUCUCUGUUGUAAUCUACUGUUAUUGACCAGAGCCCCAUUAGUGUGGCAGUGAGGUACAGUGGGGAGGGAAGCAUUCUAUAAUCUUAUUAUUAAAUACUAUUUUUCUAGUGGGCUUGAGGACUUGUACUGUGAUCUUCAGAAGCACUUCUUAGCCUUUCAAAAAUCCUGCCUUACUGAAACAGACAGGCUAUAGAGGGACUGGAGCUGGCCAACUGCCUCUCCCCAAGGUCCAACAAGACUCUAGUAAGUAGUUUUUCUUGGAGUGCAGGUGUUUAUUAUGGAGAAUGCUGUGGUUACUUUUCUCCUCCUCUUGCCCAAAACCCUGAGAUUUUUCCCCAUUCUUUACUGAGAGAAUUUGAUAGGGUUUCUGGAGGUAAAAUUCACGAAAGUGUGGGGGCCCAUCUAAGAUUAGGCCCCUAGGAGUUAACUCACAAGUUAGCCCACACUAAGCCUCCAGCAAUUCAUCAAAAUUAUAAAAGUUUCUACCAGUUUAUAGCUCCAGUGGCUUCUGCUUCAAGUAAGCUAAUCUUGGCUGUAAUUUUAUGUAUUUUUCUUUCUCAGGAUUUUGGGGUGUCAGUUACCUUUCUAUCUUCAGUUCUCUGAUGGAUCUAAGAAAAGUUGAUUUUCAGUUUGUUGAAUGAUUUUGUUGUUGUGAGGAUGGGAAUGAAGGGUUCCGAGCUCUUUAUACGCCAGAACUAAAAUGAGAAUAUUAUCAUUUUUAUCCAACUCAAAUAACCACAAAAGUUACAAGCUCUAAGAUGAUAUUUGCUGUUUCAUAGAGAAAGUAUCUUCACAGCUAGACUUGGCUUUAUUAUGUUGUUUAUGAUGUCUGACAUAAAUUGGAUCCAGGAGAGUCCAGUCUAGCUGUCACUGUGUGGCCUUGAGUGAUUGAGUGUGACUGGGAGGGUGAGUUAAUUUCUGGUGAGCCAGUAUCUAUGAUGCUGUGUCUUGGUAAGCUGGGGCUGCUAUAACAAAAUAUCAUAGACUAAGUGACUUGACUAAGAGACUUUAUUUUUCACAGUUCUGGAGGCUGGGAAGUUAAAGUGCUGGCACAUUCAGUUCUUGAUGAGGGCCCUGUUGGCUUGCAAAUGGGUUACAUCCUGCUGUGUCCUCACAUGGCCUUUUCUUGGUGGUUGUGUAAACAUGGAGACCCCUCCUUCCUCUUUUUUUAUAAGUGCACUGACCCCAUCUUAAGGGCAUAACCCUUAUGACCUAAUCUAAAUCCAGUUACCUCCCCAAAGUCCCACCUCCUAAUGUCAUCACAUUAGGGGUUAGGGUUUCACCAUAUUAAUUUUGGGAGGACAUAUUCAGCCCAUAACAUGUUGUGUCAUGGUGAGACUGGCAAUGCUAGAUUUCGUGAUUUCCUAAAAAAUAAAAUAAAAAAACUAAGCACUUACUAUGUGCUGUUUUAGUCACUGAGAAUAUAACCCUGAGCAGGACGGAAGCUGUGUGCCUUCUUGGAACCCUCCUUCUAGCAGGGAGAGAUAAAAUGGGGUGGGGGGAGGUGAGAGGCGUACUGUAUAUCAGAAAGCGGUAACAAGUAGGCAUGAAAUAAAACAGGUUCCACACGCGCACCAUCAGAAAGUCACAAGUGUGCAAAGCAGACAAAUCCCAAUCUCUCCACUUUUCUAUCGGGUAGGCCCCGCCCGCGCCCCAAGCCCCGCCCUGUCAUGGUUUUCCUCUCCAGAGGUAGCCGCUACGCCUUACCGACUGCGUUUCAGUGCUGUCCCACUGCUCCUGCACACCCCACGCCUGCGACCCUACCCACCACGGACAGGCGCUCCUGCGAGCUGGAAGCCAGUUCUCUGCGUCCUGAGCCUGGCAGCUGCAUCUGAACACUCGGAGCCUGGCGAUGGCUUCCAGAAACCCCUGCGCCGUGGGUCGCUUCAGUGAAGGGGCCUGUACUUCGGCGACCCAGACUCCGGGCUGAAAGGCCUCCUAAUCCAACCAAGAGGACCAGGAGAGGCCCCAAAGGGGACACAGGGCAGUGACCGCCAGGCUUGGAGAGGAGCCGCUCCUGGCAAAGCCGGCGCCCGAUUUCUGAACUCCGCCUCCGUUCGGGACUACACUUCCCAGGGGCUAUUGCGGCGGAGGACACGCCCACUUCCGGAGAGGACCCGAAGCCGGGCGAGUGCACGCCCCGCCGGGUGCUGAGGAGAAGGCAGGUCUGGGCUGGGAGGUGGCCGAGGCUGGACUGGGGCGCGGCGGGGGCGGUGUCCCGGCUCCUGCGUGGGAGGCGGGCGUGAGCGUGCGCGUGUGGCCUGGUGGCUGUGAGUGCCCAUACGUGGUGAGCGUGUGGUGCGGCGGUGAGGAGGGGCGAGCGCGCCCGGGGAUGGCGGCCCGAUGUGUGACUGUCCGGUGCGUGGCCGCGAAUCUGCGCCUGCGUGCACGUCCCGGCGGCGUGCAGAAGGCGGUGUGUGUUGGAAUGAGUGAAGCACUUCAAGUGGCCAAGAGCAGGAAACCCGGCCGGAGGAGGCUUACUCCGUCCUCCCCUGUAUCGACUGCGUAGCGCCCAGUGUGGGCAAAGUCCUAGAGCCCGGGGAAGUUGUCCGGGCGGGGCAGCCUGUGCUGAAGCAUUUCCUGUCAGCCCUAUCUGGAAGGGGCAGAGCUCAGGACAUGGCUCCAUGUCCACAGGACAGCGAGGAGCGAAGACCAUGGGGACUGAGCACACAGAUGAAGGCACCAAAGCAUAGAGAGGAUAAGUAAUCACUAGCAAGUGGAAGAACCGGGAUUCAGAUCCAGAACAGGCUGACUCCAGAGUCACUGGCUGUCAUGUAGUCUCCUCAACUACUGCCUCAGCUCUACAAUCCCAGAGUAAAGCUCUUCUCCAAAUGAAGAGCCAGGAAGAGGUAGAGGUGGCAGGAAUUAAACUUUGUAAAGCCAUGUCCCUGGCAUACCUCUUAACAUCUCAAGAACACUAAGAUUUCUUAGAAAAUAUUGUGGAGAUUGAAAUCAUGUUCAUCAGGGUUCAGUGACUUUCACAGAUGUGGCCAUAGACUUUUCCCAAGAUGAAUGGGAGUGGCUGAAUCUUGCUCAGAGAAGUUUGUACAAGAAGGUGAUGUUAGAAAACUACAGGAACCUAGUUUCAGUGGGUCUUUGCAUUUCUAAACCAGAUGUGAUCUCCUUACUGGAGCAAGAGAAAGACCCUUGGGUGAUAAAAGGAGGGAUGACCAGAGGCCUGUGCCCAGACUUGGAGUGUGUGUGGGUGACCAAGUCAUUAUCUUUAAACCAGGAUAUUUAUGAAGAAAAAUUACCCCCAGCAAUAAUAAUGGAAAGACUUACAAGCUAUGACCUUCAAUGUUCAACAUUAGGGAAAAACUGGAAAUGUGAAGACUUGUUUGAGAGGGAGCUUGUAAACCAGAAGACACAUUUUAGACAAGAGACCAUCACUCAUAUAGAUACUAUUAUUGAAAAAAGAGACCACUCUAACAAAUCUGGGACAGUUUUUCAUCCGAAUACAUUAUCUUAUAUAAAACAGAUUUUUCCCAUGGAAGAGAGAAUAUUUAAUUUUCAUACAGAUAAGAAAAGCUUAAAAACACAUUCAGUUGUGAAAAAACACAAGCAAGACUGUGGAGAAAAGAAACUUUUAAAAUGUAAUGACUGUGAGAAAAUAUUCAGCAAAAUCUCAACCCUUACUCUUCACCAAAGAAUUCAUACAGGAGAGAAACCCUAUGAAUGUAUUGAAUGUGGAAAGGCCUUUAGCCAGAGUGCCCACCUUGCUCAACAUCAGAGAAUACACACAGGAGAAAAACCUUUUGAAUGUACUGAAUGUGGGAAAGCCUUUAGCCAGAAUGCUCAUCUUGUUCAACACCAGAGAGUUCAUACUGGAGAGAAACCUUAUCAGUGUAAGCAGUGUAAUAAAGCAUUCAGCCAGCUUGCACACCUUGCUCAACAUCAGAGGGUCCACACUGGAGAGAAACCCUAUGAAUGUAUUGAAUGUGGGAAGGCUUUUAGUGAUUGUUCAUCCCUAGCUCAUCAUCGAAGGAUUCACACUGGGAAAAGACCUUAUGAAUGUAUUGACUGUGGGAAAGCUUUCAGGCAGAAUGCUUCUCUUAUACGUCAUCGGCGAUAUUAUCAUACUGGAGAGAAACCCUUUGACUGUAUUGAUUGUGGGAAGGCUUUCACUGAUCACAUAGGACUUAUUCAGCAUAAGAGAAUUCAUACUGGAGAGAGACCUUACAAAUGUAAUGUGUGUGGGAAGGCUUUUAGCCAUGGCUCAUCUCUGACAGUACAUCAGAGAAUUCAUACAGGAGAGAAACCUUAUGAAUGCAAUAUCUGUGAGAAAGCCUUCAGCCAUCGUGGGUCUCUUACUCUUCAUCAGAGAGUUCAUACUGGAGAGAAACCCUAUGAAUGUAAAGAAUGUGGGAAAGCUUUCCGGCAGAGCACGCAUCUGGCUCAUCAUCAGAGAAUUCAUACUGGAGAGAAACCUUAUGAAUGUAAGGAAUGCAGCAAAACCUUCAGCCAGAAUGCACACCUUGCGCAACAUCAGAAAAUACACACUGGGGAGAAACCUUAUGAAUGUAAGGAAUGUGGUAAGGCCUUCAGUCAGAUUGCACACCUUGUUCAGCACCAGAGAGUUCAUACUGGUGAGAAGCCUUAUGAAUGUAUUGAAUGUGGGAAGGCCUUUAGUGAUGGCUCAUAUCUUGUUCAACAUCAGAGACUCCACACUGGCAAAAGACCGUAUGAAUGUCUUGAAUGUGGGAAGGCAUUCAGACAGAGGGCAUCCCUGAUUUGUCAUCAGAGAUGUCAUACUGGUGAGAAACCUUAUGAAUGUAAUGUUUGUGGGAAAGCCUUUAGCCAUCGUAAAUCCCUUACUCUACAUCAGAGAAUUCAUACAGGAGAGAAACCUUAUGAGUGUAAGGAAUGUAGCAAAGCCUUCAGCCAGGUUGCCCAUCUUACUCUACAUAAGAGAAUUCAUACUGGAGAAAGGCCCUAUGAGUGUAAAGAAUGUGGAAAAGCCUUCAGGCAGAGUGUACAUCUUGCUCAUCAUCAGCGAAUUCAUACCGGAGAGUCAUCAGUUAUUCUCUCUUCUGCCCUCCCAUACCACCAAGUCCUAUAGAUUCAAUCUUGUAAAUGGUUCUAGAAUCCAUCUGCUUUUUUCCAGCACAUGUCCCAUCAUCAUAGUCCAAGACGCAACCAUCUCAUAUGGAUUUCUGCGGUAGCAUAACUGUUGCCCGUUUUGCUCCUAUCAACUACAUGUUUAACACUGUAGGCAGCCUAACCUUUUAAAAAUAAAAAUACAUAUUUAUGUUAUUUUCCCAUUUAAAACACUUGAUUUGAAAAAUAUAUUAAUUCAUUUCAAGGAUUUAGCACACACUGGCAUAUAGUUAUUGCUAAAUAAAUGCUAGCCAUUAAGGUAAGGUUUCCUUACAAACUAUCAUAUUAAGCAGCAAGUAAACCAAACAGUAAGUCAAGACUAAGAUUUUAGAGCAGACAGAAGAUUACUCUCCUGGUAGAGAGGAAAGAUGAACAAACUCAGAAUUGAAAGAUUUAUGGUACACGAGGUAACAUGGUGGCUUAUACUCCCUCUGUGACAUUGUUGAUGAGCAACUCUCACUUGACCUGACACUGAGAAGAGAGAAUCGGCCAAUUAGAACAAAAGCUUUUAGCUGGGUGCGGUGGCUCAUGCCUGUAGUCCCAGCACUUUGGGAGGCUGAGGCAGGCAGAUUGCUUGAGCUCAGGAGUUCGAGACCAACCUGAGCAACAUGGUGAAACCCUGUCUCUACAAAAAAUACAGAAAUUAGCUAGGCGUGGUGGUGCACACCUGUAGUCCUAGCUACUCCGGAGGCUGAAGCGGGAGGAUUGGUUGAGCCCAGGAGGUAGAGGUUGCAGUGAGUCAUGAUCACACCACUGCAAUUCCAGCUGGGCAGCAGAGCCAGACACUGUCUCGAGGAAAAACAAAAAAAGAACAAAAGCAUUUGGUAGAAUGUAGAACUAACCAGGGUAGGUAGUAGUAAACUAAAAGUAACAAGCCAAAAAAACGUGAAUAGACUAAUAGCCAUGAAACAAACUGAAAAGGGUAGUUCAAUACUCUGGCCUUUAUAAAAGUACCACAGACAAUUCAUGUAGUAUUUAAAUUGUUCUAGCAUAAAAUAAAAUGCAAUAAGACCUUCCAUCUUGUUCCAUGAGAUUGACAAGACAUGCCAAAACAUAAAAGUAUGUACACUGCAAUUAGUUUCUGAAUGUAGAUGUUACAACUUAAACUUAUUUUUAAAAUAUUUAAAAAUAGGAAGGCUAGACAUGCCUCUGUAUAGAAAAUCUGAUAAAAAUAUUUCUCCCUAAAUUGUAAAUUCAUUGAUAUUCCAAUAAAAAUUUCCAUCU